AUGGUGACCAGAUUCUUGUUGGGUACCUUCGAAGCCGGAUUCUUCCCAGGAGUAGUCUUUUACAUCACUAUGUGGUAUAAGAGAUCCGAGCAGAAUUAUAGGGUUGGUCUCCUUUUUUCCGGAGCUACGAUUGCAGGGGCUUUUGGUGGUCUUUUGGGUUAUUUAGUCAUGGAUCUGAAUGGAAAGUACGGAUUAAGCGGAUGGCAAUGGAUUUUUUUGAUCGACGGUUCAGUUACUGUCGUUGCAGCGAUCAUAGCUUACUUUACCAUCUUGGAUUUCCCCCAAACCGCGAAAUGGUUAUCAGAGAGUGAACGCAAAUUAGCUCUCCAACGACUCCAACACGAUACUGGCUCUUUAAUCACCAAUAAUUUCCGUGUCGACCAAAUUAUGAUUGCUGUUAGAGAUUGGAAAGUAUGGAUCUCGACAUUUAUCUUUAUGGGGAUCGUCGCCGGCACUUAUUCCUUUUCAUUCUUCAUUCCUACGAUUGUGCAUGGUAUGGGGUUUACUCCUGUUAUUUCCCAAUUGCUUACCGCACCACCAUUCAUUUGUGGAUCCGUGACCACGAUAUCAACUGCGAUAUUGUCGGACAAAAUUAGAAAUCGCGCACUAUUCUUGACGUCAUUUUUAACAUUCACCAUGUGUGGAUAUUUGUUACUUAUAAUUCCUGGCGCGUCAACAGCCGUUAAGUAUUUAGGAACUUGUGUUAUUGGUCUUGGAUUAUUUCCAUGCGUUUCGAUAUCUAUCACAUGGUUAACAAGUAAUAUGGCGGGUGACUUAAAACGAGCAGUGGGAAGUGCGAUAAUGUUAUCGGUGGGGAACAUUGGGGGAGUAAUCGCUUCACAAAUGUAUCAAUCGAAGGAUUCGCCAGACUAUCGAAUUGGUAAUACAAUCGCCUUAUGUUUCUUAAUGAUGUCCACUGUGUUAGUGAGCAUUCAGCACCAAAGGUUAAAAAAGGAGAAUGAAAGAAAGAUUAGAGAUCCCGGGCAGUAUUUAAAAGGAAAGAGCGAAGAAGAAAUUGGGAAUUUGGGAGAUAUACACCCUGAAUUUAUUUAUAAUUUAUGA